AUGAUGGCGACAGUGUGCCGCGUUGUGUGUGUGUUGGCCGCUGCUCUCUGCUCCACGGCCUUGUGCGCGGCUGCUGCUGCUGCUGAUACUUCCGCUGCGCUUCUCACAGUUGGUGCAUCUGAUGUGUCGGCGAAGCAGACAGUCAUCACUGCAAAGACGGAGGCCGUGGAUGCAGCAAGUAAAGCUGAGACAGCAGCAAUUUCUUUUCAAGAUGCCCUGAGUGAAGUGCAGGCAGCGCAUGAGGCGGCCAAGAAGGCAGCAGAGGACGCAAGGGGUAUUUGA